UCUCAGUGCCGCAGGAAGAACCGUGGGACAAACCACCCCUUGGAAAGCUGGCCAUGCCGGAAGCUGCGGGGAUCCCCCCGCCAAAAUCCACGAGGUGACAUAGGACUCAGGACCCAGGAGCAUGACGCUUGAGGGGCGAGAGGCAGCUGGCCAGCCUCAAGCCGCCCUGGGGCCCCCAGCCAAUGGCAGUGGGCCAAGCCAGGAGUUGGAAGGCCAUUGGCCAGAAAUCCCGGAGAGGUCCCCAUGUGUGGCUGGUGUCAUCCCUGUCAUCUACUACAGCAUCCUGCUGGGCCUGGGGCUGCCUGUCAACCUCCUGACCACAGUGGCCUUGGCCCGGCUGGCCGCCAGGACCAGGAAACCCUCCUACUACUACCUUCUGGCGCUCACAGUCUCGGAUAUCGUCACCCAGGUGGUCAUCGUGUUCGUGGGUUUCCUCCUGCAGGGCGCCGUGCUGGCCCGGGAGGUGCCCCGGGCUGUGGUGCGCACGGCCAACAUCCUGGAGUUUGCUGCCAACCAUGCCUCCGUCUGGAUUGCUGUCCUGCUCACGGUCGACCGGUACAGCGCCCUGUGCCAUCCCCUGCACCACCGGGCCGCCUCAUCCCCAGGCCGGACCCGCCGAGCCAUCGUCGCUGUCCUCGGUGCUGCCCUGCUGACCGGCAUCCCCUUCUACUGGUGGCUGGAUGUGUGGAGGGACGCGGACCCCCCCAGCAUGAUGGAUGAGGCGCUCAAGUGGGCUCACUGUCUCAUCGUCUACUUCAUCCCUUGUGGCGUUUUCCUGGUCACCAACUCGGCCAUCAUCUGCCGGCUGCGGAGGAGGAGCCAGAGUGGGCUGCGGCCCCGGGUGGGCAAGGGUACAGCUAUCCUCCUGGGCGUCACCACGCUCUUCACCCUCCUUUGGGCACCCCGGAUCUUUGUCAUGCUCUACCACCUGUAUGUGGCCCCUGUCCACCGGGACUGGAGGGUCCACCUGGCCUUGGAUGUGGCCAACAUGGCGGCCAUGCUCAACACAGCAGUCAACUUCAGCCUCUACUGCUUUGUCAGCAAGACUUUCCGGGCCACCAUCCGAGAGGUCAUCCAUGAUGCCCACGUGCCCUGCAUCCUGGGGUCACAGCCAGAGGGCAUGGUGGUGGAACCUGUGCUAAAGCCCCCGGGAAUUCCCAAAGGGGCAGAAUUGUAGAGGAGGGGCCCAGCCAGGGUGCUCGGGUGUGGCUCAGGGCCAGAUAUACUGCUGCCUUUGUGGUGUGCCCACAAAACUGUGAC